AUGGCGGACGCUUCGUGCAGCGGCGGAACGCCUUUCAAGCAACUUACGGACCAUCAGUCGCGCGAUGUCAGCCAUCAUCAAGACCGUCUGGUCAACGGCAACCAACCCCGCGGAGCUUUCCGAUCGAGACCGCAGAACAUGGCGCAAGGGCCUCAGGAGUUUGACGCAUUUAUGGGUACACCUGCGGGACUGCCGGGCAUGCACCACGAUCCUGCCGGCCGACUCGCUGCUCAUGCCGCUGCCUUGAAUCCCGCGCAAGCCGCAGCGAGUGCCUUUGGCCCCUCUGUCGCCCCCGAGCUCACAUACCAAGCCCACUCUCCUGCUCCCGCCAUGAACAGCAACUGGGCUGCCGACUUUUCCAAGUUUGCCGCGCAGCAGCCGCAGCAUCAGCAACAACCGCAGCAACAACGGGGCCCCAUGUUUGCCGGCGCCGCCAACCCCAUGCAAAUGAACUUUCAGAGCGCCUUUUCACCGCAGCAGACGAGCUUCUCACCCUUUUUCGCACCCGCUGGUGGCGCCUAUGCCCAGCCGCAGCAGCAGCAGGCCGUGGCCGGCGAGGCCGACUUUGACCAGGAAAUGGCCAAGUGGAUGGCCAGCAACACGGCGACCGGCAACAUGGAGCAGGUGGACGCCGCCAUGGAGCAGAUGGCGCGUGAGCUCGAGCUCAACGAGCAGGCGCUUGCGCAAGAUCAGAGUGCUGCCACAGCAAAGGACGCGCAAGACGAGAGGCACUUCUCGGACCUCGGCGUCCCGGAGCUCAACAACCUGACGCUGGAGAACCGCGAGGCGCCCACCGUCACCCCGCCGGAACCCCUGCAGGAAGAGAACACGGUGGCUGACAUGCUGGCCGACGACGCGCGGAACAAGUCGGCCGUCUCGGAGGCGGCGGAGCGACUGCUCGAGUCGGUGCAGCACGAGAGCGGCGAAAAGUGGCAAAACUCAGUCUUCCUCGCGCUGAUGCGUGACUUCCGUGACGGGAAGAAGGACAUUGUCGGCAACGAAGUGCAGGAGACGGACGGCACAGAAGGCCCCUCGGGUGAGGGCGCUGCUACCGCCGCCGCCGCGUCGGCGGACAACGAGGCGGCCCCGGCAGCCCCGGCAGCCCCGGCAACGUGA